AUGCUAGCACGAAGACAGUUAGGAAAACUGUUACUAGGGAGGUUGCUAGUUGCAUCUGCCUGGGCAACCACCAUUGCUUAUCCUGAGCUUUGCCAACCAGAUGCACAGAAUGCUUUCAAAGUACGGCUUAGUAUCAAAACAGCUCUAAAAGAAAAUGCAUAUAGCUGGGAUGCUACUGAAGAAUAUCUAUUUAAAGCAAUGUUAGCUUAUGCAAUGAGAAGAUAUUUGAUUCAAGAAACAACCCAAAUUUCUAAUGUACUGCUGUGCAAUGUUACCAGUCGGGUAUCAUUUUGGUUUGUAGUCACAAAUUCAUUCACAAAUAUAACAACUAUUCCCAGGAAUGUUGUGGAAGCCGCCAUAAGAAUGAAUAGAAACCGGAUCAACAACGCCUUUUUAUUAACUGACGACACUCUGCAGUUCUUGGAAAUCUCAUCAACUUUAGCUCCACCAGCUGAACAACCUCUGCCCAUUUGGCUGAUUGUAUUUGGGGUUAUUCUUGGCAUCAUUGUGAUUGGAAUUGUUUUAGUCGUAUCUUUUGGGAUUUAUCACCCCAAGAGACAUAGGAAUGCUGAAAAAACAGAAGAUUUAGAUGAUAUAUAUGAAGCAGCCAUAACAAUGGAAAAUAGAAUUCCCUGUCAUACUUUAGAUUUAAAAGCUGGACAGAUUAAUGGAGUCUAUGCAACAGCAGAUGACGAUCGGUUUACGCCCUUAUGA